AUGGCUACAUUCAACGACUUGCUCAGCUUCGUCUUCCCCUCUACAACGUUCAUGGUCGACACAAGGGCCGAGCCUGAAGAACCACCUCCGCUCACGCGGCGCGGUCCAGCAGAACACGUCCCGCCUGGACUGGACCUGAUCAGUGCAUGCCACGACUCUUCGCUCAUCGACAGGAUUCUGUCGGGUCUAGGACGAGGUUUCGACAAGAGUGGCGGCCGCGACUCGGAUUUGCCUCUCCUGAUGAGCUCGUACAUCAAGCGCGAGGUCUCACAGCGGGGUCGUGUGAUUAACAGCGUGGGGGCCGGGCUCCAACAGCUCUCCCGGAUGACACUGGGAGUGGUCGAUUUCAUGACCGAAUCGAUCGCGCACGAGCCCGUUGUUAUGAUGGAAUCAGAGACGGACAAAGAGUAUGCCUCUCACUCCGUUGCCAGUCGGAAGUUCUACGUCGAAAGAUCCCCGCCCGGCCCCGAGGAUAACACUAAGAUCAAGUUCCACCCGGUUGUAAUGCAAGGCUACAUGGCCAGCGAUCUCAAGUCCCACUACGACGGUUCACCAACUGUCCGAGGCGUUUUCAAACCAGGGCUCGGUGCAGAUCUACUCGACAUCCGUGUGGUGACUGCUACAGGCGAACUGGUCAGACUCCAAGGGGCUAGGGCCAUCGCUGCCAAGGUGGGGCUUAUACGCAUGCGCGAAAACGCCCGAGCGCAUUGCAGUCGGUGGAUGGUCCCGUUUCUGACCAUCUAGCGUCAUUGGAUCCCAGGCUGCGUUGCAAGCUUGCUCGUCUGGGAAAUGUCGCUUUGCGAUCCUCGGAGCUCUGCCGUACUUUGUCGUCACCGAACUGGGUCGGUAUAAUUUCCUCCGAGCCUUCGCUGGCCAGGCCAAACUCGCUGACCUCGUUGCUUCGCUUACCUUACCGCCUCUCGUAGUCUUUAUCGAUGGAAAAUGGCACCUACUGAUCAGUGACCUGUGCUCGGCAGUCGUCGAGCCCGAACAAUCGACUGUCAAGUCUAGAUCGCUCAUGGGGGUUCUUCUUGGCAUCUUCAUGAAUGACUUUGACGACUACCGUGUGGAAGGUCACUCGUCGGAGGUGGAACAGCGGAUCCGUGAUUACGUGAAGCAGCUUGAUGAAUUGGCUGUCGUGAAUGAGGUUCCACCCGCCAAGGAUGUCCCCGCUCGCGAUUCGACGCUCGACCAUUCGCCUCCCGCUCAGACCAGCACUGCCCCGAGCGACGAAGCCGCAGCAUCAACCUCGAUUCGCCGACCGGACGACACGUCCGACUCUUCAGAGGAGUUGAAAGCCUUUGUCAACCAAGGUAACCAGACUGUGAUGGCCUGCCAUUUCCCAAACCAGGCGGUAAGCGAGUUCGGCCAGUCGUCUGCGCUGCCUUUGACUCCGAACUCAAAAUUGACCGGUCUGUGAGUUCUGUGCGUAACGUGUGUCGGAGGGUAGAUCGUGUGCGACGCGCAAGACCUACCAGAGUCUCGAAUGGCGGCGGUCCCGAUCAAACUCGAAGUGGGCACCGCACCACCGCUCAGGCGCCAGUCACCAUUGGCAAAGAAGAUUCGUCUCGACUCGGACGGGCCUCGACCGAAGCUCACCAAAACGCUGCCCCUUGCGAUACGGCAAUUAUUCUCGGUCGACCCACGCUUCACCAAGGCCGAGAGUACUUUUUCGUCGCCUGUCCUUUCGACGCUUACCCCACGACUGGAUCUGGUCCAUCGAAUUGGCCGCGGGGCGAGCAGCAGAGUAUGGCAGGCAGAAUGGGUGCAUCAAGGUCCGAGUCCGAGUUCGAGCGCUUCCACAGGAAUGAGGUCUCCCAUGACAACCGCUGCCUCGUCAACGCCUACGCCAUCACACGAGACAGCGGCCAACACAUCUCCACGAUCGCUCCUUGAUAUUACGAGCACUUCUCACUCCUCACCCAUCCCAGAUCUGCCGUCGGCAAUGAGUGGUCUUUCCUCGACAGGCAUUGGCGGACGAGGGAAGCUCGUGGCCAAAGUCGUCCGGGAACGGUUUACCCCCUCGAUCGCGCGAGAGUACUUUGUGUACACCUCGAUCGUUCCUUUACUCUCGGUCAAGGCACAGGAGUAUUUCCUCGCCUUUUAUGGGCUGUACCGAAGUGGCAACGAGGGCCAGACCUACGUCUUGCUUAUGGAGGACGCAGGCUCGCCGAUCACGGAAGCUCAGUUGGAAUCGGAUGCCGAGUUGAAGGCCAAGGUCGAGUGAGUCCGGAUCGUGCGUAGACCGUGUGUGGACGUGUCGCAAUCCGUGUGUCGCGACUCGAUGGAGCUGAUCUGUAGAUGCCGACUCGACGUUCCUGUGCGUGCAGUUUCGCACUGAAACUCAUUGCUGACGAGGGUCUCCAUCACAAUGAUGAAGGAGCGCGAAAUGUCUUGCUUCGGCCCGACGGUCGGAUCUGCCUCAUUGAUUGGGGCGAGGCACAGGUGAGGUGA